UCCAGCUCAGACUCAAUGAAAAGGUUGCCUGCACGUUUCUUGCUGCGUUCUGCUCACACCUUUGGCUGCUGUGAGCUCCAUGUGGCUGCCUCGAGUAUGACCUCAUGCCUUAUCUGGUUCCCUGGUGACCCAGGUGCCCAGGCUCCGCUUUGGAACCCCACUGUUGCCCAAGGAACUCGGCAUUUGGGUGCUAGGUCUGGGGUCAUGGGGUGGUGGUGGGUGGCCCUGAUGCUGGUGCUGGUCCCCUGGCGCCCUAGAAAUGCUGGCUUGUGGCUGUGGGUGGCCUUGGUGCUCUGCCUCCCUGGGGUGCACUCCUGCCUGCUCUGCUUUGGGCCCCCCAAAAUGCGGGAACAGCUCUGCCGUGAGAUUACUGGGGCCUCUGCCAAGAACCCCAAAAAUAAAAAAUGCCAAGAGGACCUUGUUGAGGCUGCUAAACCACUCGCCUCUGUCGCUGUGGGGGCCGGGCAGCAUGAUGAACUUCGAGACAUUGUCUUGGAUGCUCUGUAUUAUGUAGAGGAGCAAAAGAACAAGAAGCCCUUAAACAAGUCCCUGCAGGAAGCUGUCGACACAAUCUGGGUGAAGCUGAGCCGGAUGACAAAAGUUCCAGCCUGCGUCCCACCCUGUGGAUUCCAGCCAGAUGCCCGUGUCUUCCAGUGUGCUACCUGUCACUUUGCAGACUGCGAGUUUCCCCUGGACUGCCCAGUGCAGGACCUGCGGACCUACACGGAUGAGACCAUCGUGCUGCUCUGUGACGUGCCCUUCUCCUUCCCCGGCAGCCUGCCCGUCACCUGGAUGUAUGUCCCAAAUCUGCGCACACAGGACAUGUCACUGUUCAAGGAGCUGAAGGGGAAUCCAAAGAACCCCUCCAGCCUGACCAUCGAGGAGCCCGCUCCAGGAACUGUUGCCUGUCGCCUGGGGGAAGUUUCCAAGCCCUUUGUCCGCAAGUUCUUCUACCUCAACGUGUCAGAGGGGAGCGUGGAGGAAGAGAGAGGGCUCCAGGCUGUGUUCAGUACUGUGCUGCACUGGCUCCACAACGAGACCCCCCUGGUUCCCAUACCAACAAUGGGGCUGGCACUGGGAGUUGCCUCCAUGGCGCUUGUGCUGCUGGUGGUGGCCCUGUGGCAAUGUGCCCGCUGGACAUCCCGCAGGCGUGAACAACAGGGUACCCCGGAGGAUUCCGGAUCCCCGGAUUCACCCUUGGGACCUUAACACAUGGAUUCAUCCCCGAGGACCAACAUUUCUGCAUUUGGUUUUCUUGUGCUGGUUGUGCAAAUGAGAACAGUCUAGAAACAUAAAUACAGAGUUCCGAAAAUCUGGA